ACGGUGCCCGUGGCUCAGCGCCUGCCCGCGCGGCGCUGCUGGUGGUCCCGCCAUUAGGAGAAAUACGAUAUUUGCAGCGUGAGGUUGCGAAAAGCCUGUGGCAGCGAAAAGAAAAGGAAAUGACUUUUUUUCGGUGGUGUUUGUGUGUGCGCGUGUGCAUGCGCUGCUGCGCCGGGGGCGGCUGAGCGGGGCGAGAGGGGUCCGGCAGAAAGCGCCGCUCCGGCCGUUCCGCACGGCCACCGCUGUGCCGCCACCGCUGUCCUGUCACCGCUGUCCCCCGCCCGGACAGCACCGAGCCACCAGCAUGUUCCAGAGGAAGCGCAGCGUCUCCUUCGGCGGCUACGGCUGGAUCGACAAGACGAUGCUGGCCAGCCUGAAGAUCAAGAAACAGGAGCUGCUGAACAGCACGGAUGUGACGGUCCCGGAGCGGCCGCUGUCCCCGCCGCUGACAGCUCCCCCGACCAUGAAGGCACCAAAACUGGAAGAACAGAGGUCUGGAAGCCAAAAACACAAGGAAGACUACAUCCCAUACCCCAGCAUCGAUGAGAUCCUGGAGAAGGGCAGCCCAUACCCGCUGAUCAUCCUGCCCCAGUUUGGGGGGUACUGGAUAGAAGACCCAGAAAACCUUGGCACGCCCACCUCGUCUGACAGCAGCAUCUGUGAGGAGGAGGAGGAAAACCUCAGCCCCAGCAGCUAUGGCUACAAGCUGGAGUGCAAGGGAGAGGCCAGAGCCUACCGCAAGCAUUUCCUGGGGAAGGAUCAUUUAAAUUUCUACUGUACAGCUAGCAGCCUUGGAAAUCUGAUCCUUUCUGUUAAAUGUGAGGAGGCAGAUGGCACAGAAUAUUUAAGGGUUAUACUCAGGUCCAAAGUGAAGACGUUGCAUGAAAGGAUUCCCCUGGCAGGAUUCAGCAAGCUCCCGAGCAUCCCCCAGAUUGCAAAGGCCUUCUGUGACGAUGCCUCUGGGCUGAAGUUUAACCCUGUUCUCUACCCCAAGGCAUCCCAGAUGAUAGUGUCUUAUGAUGAGCAUGAGGUCAACAACACAUUCAAGUUUGGUGUGAUCUAUCAGAAGUUCAGGCAGACCCAAGAGGAGGAGCUGUUUGGCAAUAAUGAAGAAAGCACUGCCUUCAAGAACUUCUUAAGUUUUCUGGGAGACACCAUAACUCUCCAGGACUUCAAAGGUUUUCGAGGAGGCCUGGAUGUCAGCCAUGGGCAGACGGGAGUGGAGUCUGUGUACACGGUGUUCAGGGACAGGGAGAUAAUGUUUCAUGUCUCUACAAAGCUGCCUUUUACCGAAGGAGACACACAACAACUCCAGAGGAAGAGGCACAUUGGCAAUGACAUCGUGGCGAUUAUCUUCCAAGAGGAGAACACGCCAUUCGUGCCAGACAUGAUUGCCUCCAACUUCCUGCACGCCUACAUCGUGGUGCAGGUGGAGAACCCCGAGGCAGAAAAUGCAGCAUACAAGGUGUCAGUCACAGCCCGGGAAGAUGUUCCCUCCUUUGGGCCACCCCUGCCGAGCCCGCCGGUGUUCCAGAAGAGCCCCGAGUUCCGGGAGUUCCUGCUGACCAAGCUCAUCAACGCUGAGAACGCCUGCUGCAAGUCUGACAAGUUUGCAAAGCUGGAGGACCGGACACGGGCUGCCCUGCUGGACAACCUUCACGACGAGCUGCACGGGCACACACAGGCCAUGCUGGGGCUGGGGCCCGAGGAGGACAAGCUGGAGAAUGGGGGACAUGGAGGCUUUCUGGAGUCUUUCAAGAGAGCCAUCCGCGUGCGCAGCCACUCCAUGGAGACGAUGGUGGGCAGCCAGAAGAAGCACCAUGGCAGUGGCAUCCCCGGCAGCCUCAGCGGGGGCAUCGCCCACAACAGCGGCGAGGUGACCAAGACCACCUUCUCGCCCCCUGUCCCAGCUGUUGCUGCCAAGAACCAGUCCAGGAGCCCCAUCAAGCGCCGCUCAGGGCUGUUCCCCCGCCUGCACACGACAUCGGAGAGCCAGGCGGAGAGCAGGACACGGUGUCUCUUGUUUCUUUGUGCCCUCAGUGACAGUGUUUCUGGAGCCCAGAAGACACCAGAUUUGGGACAUUCUUCCCAAGAGAUGAAAUCUGAAACCUCAUCCAACCCCAGCUCCCCUGAAAUAUGCCCCAACAAAGACAGGCCUUUUAUCAAGCUGAAAGAGAACGGGCGCUCGAACAUCUCCCGUUCCUCCUCCAGCACCAGCAGCUUCAGCAGCACGGCGGGCGAGAGCGAGACCCUGGAGGAGUACGACAGCGUGGGAAGCCAGCCCUCCACCGCCUCCCCGUUCAAGCAGGACGUGUUUGUCUACAGCGCUUCGCCCGGCAGCGAGAGCCCCGGCGCGGCGGCCACGGCCACCCCUGUCAUCAUGAGCAGGAGCCCCACAGCAGAUCUGAAGAACAGGAAUUCCCCGAGGUCCAACCUGAAGUUCCGCUUUGACAAGCUCAGCCACGGCAGCUCCAGCAUGAGCCACUAGCAGGAGGGAGUCAUGCACUUGUCACAGAAUGUUUCAACAAAGGGAAAAAUUUUCAACACCCCCUGGGACCACGCACGCCCCGGCCGUGGGCAGCGAGGUGCCCUUGCUGCUACACCAGAAAAGAGCUCUCACCUUGCCACAGUCCUGUCCUGACAGGGACCAGCCAGCUUGUCACCCGGUGUCCCCUGUCCAGCACACCUCUGCUGCAGGAGGGGACGUGUCCCUGGCUGUGCUGCACGCCUGGCAGGGCCGUGUCCCCUCCUGGGGCUCUGCUGGGUCACCUGUGCUUGCCCAGAUGUGCUGCAGCUGCUGGGCACCAUCCAUUCCCCCCGUCCCUGGGUUUCCUGGCAGCUCCUUUUGGGCAGAGGGGCAGCAGGAGGGACCUCCACAUAGUUGAGGUCCCUCCAUGCUUUAUUUGCAGUUAUCAGUGGGGAAACAGGGUUUAUGUUUGUUGUUUGAAGGGUGGGGGUCAGGCCAAAGUUGGGUGUUAGUGGCUCUGGGGCAGUUUGCCCUCCACCAUCGUUUGCUGUUGUUCCUCUCUGGGGACAAUAGGGCAAAACCUCCCUGGGGGUCCUGGGCAGCUCUCCCUGGAGCGGGGUCUGCAGUGUCUCUCCAGCCAUCCCCCAGCUCCUGCCCACACCCCAAAACCUUGGGGCAGAGGCAGCCCCUCGCUGCAAGCUUGCUCAGUUUCUUGCACAAGAGGCAGGUGAGCGACAGCUGGGGACAGCAGCCAGCUCAUCCUCCUUGGCAGGUUCAUCCUCCCUGCUUUGUCCCUGCCUGACACUGAGCACACGCCUGGGAAAGGUGACCCAAAGCUAAAGCUGUGCUGUAUUACAGCUUUAGCUUUUCUAAGUACUAGAACUGGAACCAGAGGGGAUUUACCUGGUGGGCUCUGCUUUGCCCUAUGGCUUGGAUCACCACGCAGGCAAAUGCAUAACACUGGUGAUUUGUGAGGCAUUAGGCUGCUGCAGCCCUAACGGAGUCUCUCCUGCUGCUUUUGAGCCAGCUCUUGUUAUUCUGAAAGGAUUAUAGAUUCUGCAAGGUAACCUUCCCAUAAUGCCCUUUCCCAGAAAAUACCUCUCUCAACAUGCCAAGAAAUCCUUUUGCUCUUUUAUGGAACUUCGUGUGAAGUUUCCUGAAGCCUGUCUGUAAAUUUCACAUUGCUCAUAGAUUUCCCUUUCCCAUUUUCUGGAAGACAGGCCAUGAUGCUGCAGAGAUAUUCCCCCUGUCCCCCCAGCCUGUGACCUUUGGGCACCCUCAUGAAAUCAGGUUCUCAGUCUCAAGUGAGCACAGUUCUUCAAGUUUGUGAUUCCUACUGAACACAGGACUUUGAGUGCCAAAGGCACCAGUGGAUGCCCCAGGAGGCACAAAGCACCUGACAGCCUGUUUCAGGAGGCAGGGCCAGAGCUGUGCUCCUGGAGCUGCUGUGCCUGUUCCUGCUCCCCUCUCUCUGGGCAAGUGCUUCUAGGAUUCACCAUCACUGCCCUUCUCUGUGUCAUCCCUGGCCAGAGACGAGGCAGGGCCAGCAGCACGAGCUGUGCUCCCCUGCUGCUGCAGGGAGGUGCUCCCCAAGAGCCUUACCCAGUUCACACAGGUGCUGUGCUCCUGCUGGAACCAGUCCAUGAGGGAAGGCUGUAGCUGUGAUGGGCUGUAGCUGUAGAGGAACCAGGUUAAAGAACAGUUGUGAAAAGGCAGGGAACAGUUUCAUUAGCCCCAUGUGCUGUGUAGGAUUAGUAAAUACCAAUAACUCCCAUGGGGAUGCUCCCUCCUGCUCCCAGCAGUUGCAUUCCAAUGGAGUUUAAGCCUUGAGGUUCCUGUGGAAGAGGAGCAUGCAGAGUGCUCAGCCCAGCCUGUAGCUGUAGGUGUCUCAGGAUCACACACUUUGCUGUUCAGCACUGUCUGAUGAUGCUUCAGUAGCACUUUCAAACCCACCCCCGAUUCUCCUCUUGGAAGCUUUGGUCUGAUUGCCUGAGGCUGCACAGUGAAACACUGACUGGUGCAAUUGCUCCCAGGGUCUGCUCUGGGUUUGCUUUUUCCUCAGAAGUCACUCGGUUCUGUAGAUGUCGUCAUUCCUGUGGGUGUUGAUCUCCGUGAGAUCUUUCAGCAGAUGAUGCAGUGGCUACUGUCAGCUGGUUUGCCAUUUUUGGUUGUUUUGUUGCCUUUUUUUAAUAUUUUUUUUCACUUGAAA